CAAAUCCCGGCCCUCUAACCUCUCCGGCCUCCGUCCGUCCGACCCGAGGGGCGAGGCUUCUCAGCGGAGGAUCUGUCGCCGCCAACUGUGCUCUUCGGUUGUGCCGGCGGUUUGCUCGGUAUGCCGCCGCCACGGGGUGACGUGACCGCCUUGUUCCUCGGGCCUCCGGGUUGUGGCAAGUCCGCGCUGAUCGCAGCGCUUUGCGACGGGAAUGUGGAGACGAUAGAGAUUCCCGAGGGACGGCCGGACUCCGGGAUCCCCAGCCUGCGAGCUGCGGGCCCUGGCCUCUUCCUGGGAGAGCUGAGCUGUCCGCCCGCGGAGCCAGGGCCCUGGGCGGCAGAGGCCAAUGUGCUAGUAUUGGUGCUGCCCGGCCCCGAGGGGAACGGGGAACCCUUGGCCCCAGCGCUGGGAGAGGCAGCGCGGGCCGCUCUGGCCCGAGGGACCCCGCUGCUGGCUGUACGGAACCUCCGCCCUGGAGAUUCGGAAAAUGAAGCCCAGGCUCGGGAUCGGACAACGGCCCUGCUGAACAGCACAGGGUUGGAGGCCGCAACUCUCUUCGUGCUGCCGGCUGAAUGCAGCAGCAGAGAUGGCUGCAAGGAAUUGGAGCGCCUGCGGGUGGCGCUGCGGAGCCAGGCGGAGGUGCUGCAAAGGCUCCUUCCACCGGUUCAGGAUGGCUUCGAGGUCCUGGGUGCCGCCGAGCUGGAGGCUGUGCGUGAGGCCUUUGAGACCGGUGGCCUGGAGGCGGCGCUGUCGUGGGUCCGCGCUGGCCUGGAGCGGCUGGGCAGCGCACGGCUGGACCUGGCUGUGGCGGGCAAGACUGAUGUCAGCCUUGUGCUGAACAUGCUGCUCGGGUUGGAUCCCAGUGACCCAGAGGACGAGCCUGUUUUCACGCCCCCGGGGCCCACGCCUUACCCGGCCCCAGAGCGUCCCAACGUGGUGCUCUGGAACGUGCCUCUGGGCUCCGCGGGCACUGCUGCCGCCCCCCAUCCGACCCACUACGAUGCUCUCAUCCUCGUCACCACGGGGGCCCCCACUGAGGAGGACUGGGCUCAGGUUCGGGCCUUCCUGCUGCCAGAUGCGCCUUUGGUCUGCGUGCGAACAGAUGGUGAGGGCGAGGAUCCAGAGUACCUGGAGGAAGAGGAAAAGGCAGAGAAGGCCGGCUCCGAGAGCUUGGAGAACGCAGGCGGAGAAGGGUUGAAGAGUGCAUACAGUGAGGGAAGGGAGAAACGUGGCACCGGGUUGCAGAAAGGUAGCGGGGAAGAAUCCGAGAAAGCAGAAGGCGGGGAAGGUUCAGAGAAAGGCAGUGAGAGUUUGACGCGUGUUGGCGGCGGCGGGAAGAAAUCGGGCAGCGGGGACUCAGAGCGCGCGGCCGCACUGAGCCCGGAGGAUGAAACGUGGGAGGUGCUGGAGGAGGCACCGCCGCCUGUGUUCCCCCUGCGGCCUGGGGGCCUCCCCGGGCUCUGCGAGUGGCUGCGGCGCGCGCUCCCCCCGGCCCAGGCGGGGGCGCUGCUGCUGGCGCUGCCCCCCGCGUCUCCCCACGGGGCUCGGCUGAAGGCUGCGGCCCUGCGGGCGGGGGCGUGGCGGCCGGCUCUGCUAGCUAGCCUGGCGGCGGCGGCGGCACCGGUCCCAGGGCUCGGCUGGGCUUGCGACGUGGCGCUGCUGCGGGGUCAGCUGGCGGAGUGGCGGCGGGCGCUGGGGCUGGAACCCGCGGCACUGGCUCGACGCGAGCGCGCGCUAGGUCUGACUCCCGGGGAGCUGGCAGAGCGGACGCGAUUCCCGGGCCCGGUGACCCGCGCUGAGGUGGAGGCGCGGCUGGGCGCAUGGGCCGGCGAGGGCACUGCGGGGGGCGCGGCGCUGGGCGCCCUGUCCUUCCUGUGGCCCGCGGGCGGUGCGGCGGCCACCGGCGGCCUGGGUUACCGCGCCGCGCACGGCGUCCUGCUGCAGGCCCUCAACGAGAUGCAGGCCGAUGCAGAGGCCGUGUUGGCACCCCAUGGGCCAGCGCAGUGAGGGGUGGGAUGAGGGUCGGGGCUGCCGGGGUGCUCAGCGUCCCUGCUGCUUGGCUCCGCCAGGGGCUGAGGACUCCCAAGUCCCGGUUAGAGGGAGGGGGGCGUAAUUGGGAGUCCCGAAUCUGGCAUGGGAAUGUCUGGGCCUCGGAGGUAACAGAGCUGGGGGCUGCCACUCAGAAUCUUGAGUGCCUGAAGGGGACGAGGGCUCUAGGACUACUGAUUGGGCUCUGUGACUUGUAGUCCCCUGAAUUCAUGGCUCCUGGAGGGGAAAGGAGUCUGGGGGAGAGAACUGAUUUCCCUGGGGACCACAGGGCAUGGCACCAGAAUGUGUCCUGAAGGAACCUGAGGGGUUGUAUCCUGGUUUCCAGGGGAGUAGAAACUGGAUCUGUUUGGUCCUCUAGCCCUGGGAGGGGCGGGUGGGGGGGAGAGGUGAAAGCCCUGAUUUCUGCUGAGGAGGGUCUCCAUCAUUCUGGAGAUUCCAGUAUGAAGGAAGGAGUCUGGGUACCCCAGGGAGUGGGAAUCCUUGGAACUGCUGAGCCACUUGGGGAUGUAGGAGUUGGGCUUCUCAGAGGCAGUGGGCCUGCAUCCAGCCUCCUAGUUCCUCAAGAGGCAGUGGCUUUGAACCUUCAUUGGGGAGGACCUUGGUCUCAUUUUUGGGUGGUGGGAGGUCUCCAUCUACAGGAGGGAGCAGGAGACUGUGCAGAAGAGCUGGAGAACCUUUGGUCCACUUUGGGGAACAGAGAGAUGUCUAAUACUUGCUGCACCAGGGGCCUGAUGACCUCGAUUCCUUCCCCAGCUGUUGUGGACAGUCCCACAAAAAGAGGGGAGGAGGCAAGAGGUCUGGGCAUGGUGGGCCCUGGGGGCAGCCCGAGACCAGGAAUGAGACCUUCUGGGUGUGGGAAGGCAGGAACCCAUACCCCAGAGGUAUCUCCCACAAAUCCCUUAAAGAUUUGGACCCUGGCUGUUGCCUCUCUUUGUGUGAGUUUGGGAAGGCUAUGACUGCCCCCGUUUUAUAGGUGCUGAGUGAUUUAGGGGAUCUUGGUGAGUCUGUUUCUUUGUCCCUCUGCUUCCUUAGUGGUUUCUCUUUUUGGUCUUGAUGUCUUCUGUCAUUAAGCCUAAUCCUUUCUGGUCUUGGUAUUUUAUACUCCUGCCUUUUUUGGAAAAGCAGCUGUCGUGCUGCACUUAUCCAGACAUUUCGGUGUUGGCUACCUCAGGUGUCACCAAGAGGCUCUAUCUUCUGGUGUACACACAGUGCUGCAGAGGACAAGAGACCCACAGAACAGCUAGGGAGUAUUCCAGACCGUGGGAGUGUGCCAUGAGUGAAGCAAAGGCAGAAGCCACAGUGCCUGGAAUGUUCUAGACUGCCAACUAUAGGUAGAAAAGAUGUCACAGGUCACAGAAUUCUUCAAUGUCAAAAAACAGAAAGGGGGGACCCAAAAGGCAAUGAAGUUGAACCUCUUUUAUGAGAGAUGGGGAGAGCAAAGGCCAGGGAGGACAGGCUCUAGGCCUAACAGCACACAGCAAGGUCCUGUGUGGUCUGGCCCCUGCCUGUUCACAUUCCCUAUGCCCACCCUGUCCUCCAACCAGCCUGAUCUUCUUCUGAUGCCUGGGUGGGCCACCUUGGAUCCUACCGCAGGACCUUUGCAUUUACUGUUCAUUCUGCCUAGAAUGCUCUGCCCCCCAGAUCUUCCCAUGACAGGUUCCUCCUUGUCAAGCAGGUCUAAGCUCACAUGUCCCCUCAGAGAGGCCUUCGGUGACCAGUGUAACUGAAGUACCUCACACGUCACCAUUAUUCAUCUCAGCCCGCCAGUGUUUCCCUUGUAGCAAUUAUUACUGUAAAUAAUUACCUUAUUUAUUUAUUUACCUAUUUAAUAGCUAUGAUCCUGUGACUGGUCUUGUUCUCUGCUGUACCCCAGCACCUAGAAGAGUGCCUGGUACACAUGAUUAGUAAUUAUUCAGUAUAAGUAAAUACCAAAUUCAUGAGCAGACUGGAACUUAGAUUGUCAGCCUCUGGCCACAAGAUGGGAAAUGAGUGAGGUGGGAGAAACAAGCAUCUGAUGGGAGAGGAGCCCCUGUCAGAGGUCAGGGGAUCUGGGAGGCAAGCAAGGCUUCGCCACUGGCACUCUUGGUGACUUGGACCAGUGCCUUAUUUCCCACCUGUGAAAUGAAAGGGCUGGAUAAAAACCGUAAACUCUUCCAAGAUCCUAUUUUCUUUGACAGCAGGCGACAAGGGUGACUCUGUAAGUGGCAGAUACCUGCCAGAUGGUACCCCCGUGUCCAGCUUGAACCCUUGCCGCUGGCACAGUUUGUCCCCUCAGUUGAGAAUGGCCGAGGUGGGAGAAAGCAUUUGGCUCAAUACUGAACAGCAUCACACUGUCCUCGAAGGCCUUUCGGGCUUCAGGGAAAGGUGUUUGCCUGUAUCUGUAAUACCCAGUCCACCAUGGUCUGCCUUCCAGUCCAGCUCGCCAGCCGCAGGGAGAUGGGAGAGGUGCCCAGUAGUGCUGUCUGACAAACGGAAUGGGAGCCACAUCUGUAACUGGAAAUGUCCCAGCAGCCAAAUUACAAAGGUAAAAGGAAACGGUGAAGCUAGUUGCGUCUUCCUUAACCUAGUAUAUCCAAAAUAUUAAUUCAACCUGUAAUCAAUCAAGAAGAGAAUGAGAUAUUUUACACAUAGUGUACCUCUCAUUCAGAUGAUAAAUGCUCAUCAGAAAUACCUCUAUUUAACUUCCCGAAAAUUCGUCAGUGGAGAAAACUGAUUCCUCUACCCAAGCUGUCCCAAUUAUAUUGACCAGUUUCCCAAUAACUGCGGUGUGUAUCCGUUUUUAAUUAAAAGUGAAUAAAGUUUAAAACUCCAUUUCCCAGUUAACACUAACCAUGUUCCCAGGGCUCGGUGGCCACCUGUGAUGUGUGGCUAGAGCACUGGAGAGCAAAGACCCAGAACGCUUCCAUUAUCACAGGAAAUCCUAUUGGUGUCGCUCUAGGGUUAGACAGUCCUCCUGACAUUGGGGUAACCUUGGGCAAGUUGCUCAGCAAGUGGCAUCUACCUCACAGGGUCAUUGUGAGAAGAGUGUAUGUAUGUACUUAUGUACAUGCAUAUUUUCUCUCUCACACACGUGUGCACACACAUCAGCAUCCUGUAGCCCUCCAGAGAAGCCUGCCCUCCCCCCCCAGGGCAGCUCAGCCAUAAGUCUUGUUGCCUGUGCCGGGUUCCCCAGGUGGUACCCAGACAACUCUGGUCUGGGCACCUCUGUCUCACGCCCAUGCCUUUGCUCACAGAGUGCCCUCCUCUCUUUCUGCCACUUUCACACCAUCUCCAAUUUGGUCUUCCCUGGGACCUCUGUGCCAUGCUUCCCUGCUCCAAAUUCCCUUUGCUGUCAUGCCAGUGGGACUCGUGCUGGGGAUCAUAUCUGAGAAAGCAAGACCCGAUUUUGUUUGCCUCUGUCUGUAUUGGGGAGUGCUCAUUGUGUUUCUGUUGGUGUGUAUCGACACUAGGGUGUUGUAACUAAUUUGGGGGUGGGGUGGUUGCCUUUUAAAUUAUGACUUUUGAUGACAGGCAUCAUGUUGCUAGUGAGGUAUCCGACUCUGGGAGCAUCCAAGCAGAAAGAGUAAGUACGACUCCCUUGAGAACUGAUUGCUGGCUGCCUUCAGGGUGUGUCGACAUCAUGCUUCCAGGCUGGAAGACCCUCUAGGGG